GUGCGCACACUUUAAGUACUUCCCCGCCCCCCUCGGGCCGUGUGCGUUGCUUCCCUGCGCGCGCCGGCGCGCUACACGACCAAGGUGGCUACUGUAACGCCUGGGGAAAAAAAAUUACUGAGCGGCAUGCUGCCCCUACCCCGAGGCGCUGCGGACGCUGUCGGGGAUUUGUGGGGAUUACACCGCGUUAGUCUACAGUCGCGGUUUGACGGGCCAAGAAAAUUUACAGGCACGGUCCUAGCCACCUAAAGUUCUGCAAGGCCUCUGGUCCUCUUGUCACGCCUGCGCUUCCGGAAGCCACUUUUCCCCCCGGACGGUUGGGGGCGUGCCGGAGGCUGUGUUCGCUCCCACCGGCGUCCCUGCUCCUGGCCGGAUCAGGGCGGUUGGGCGUUUUGCAGACUCUCGGGGCGUCAUAUAGGCCUUUGGUUGAGAGCACCGAGGGAACUCAAUGUUUUAGGACAACUAAGCAUUUUACUGCUUUUUAAAAUUUGUGAAUAAAGGAAAACGGAGCCCGGCGUGGCGGCGCCCGCCUUUAAUCCCAGCACUCGGGAGGCAGAGGCAGGCGUCUCCGUGAGUCCACCACAGCCAGGGCUACACAGAGAAACCCUCGAAAAAAGAAGACAAAAAACGGGGGUCUUGGGGGUCGGAUUAAAGGACAAGAGAAGGGAGCGAAGGCUCGCCGCCGGGGGAGGUGCACAGGGCGGGACGGUUACAAUUCUCUGCCGCCUUCACCACUUCACGUAGAUGCCAGUACCGAUGAGCGUUCCAUCCCCAGAGCCCCACCUGGGCCUGUGGUACUUCAUCGCAGGAGCAGCCCCCACCAAGGAAGAGUUGGCUACUUUUGACUCCGUGGACAACAUUGUCUUCAACAUGGCGACCGGCUCUGCCCCAAGGCAGCUCCAGCUUCGCGCCGCCAUCCGCACGAAAAAUGGGGUCUGUGUGCCCCGGAAAUGGAUAUACCACUUGACUGAGGGGAAAGGAAACACAGAUCUCAGAACUGAAGGCCGGCCUGACAUGAGAACAGACCUCUUCUCCAGCUCAUGCCCAGGGGGAAUCAUGCUGAAAGAGAUGGGCCAGGGUUACCAGCGCUUUCUCCUCUACAAUCGAUCACCACACCCUCCAGAGAAAUGUGUGGAGGAAUUCCAGUCUCUGGCCUCCUGCUUGGACUUCAGAGCCUUCUUAGUGACUCCCAGGAAUCAAGGUGAGGGGUCGAAGUCUCCCAGGAGAGGUCUGGGAGUCACCACUCCCAAGUCUUCUGUGGGUAUUGUAAAGAGCUCAGUGCAAUGUCAGCAGAGGCCGUGGCCAUAGGCAGACAUUAUCAGAAUGGGUACAUUGACCCCUCUAAUUUUCAUGGACUAGAAUGGCACCAGGAUUGGAUAAGAGCUGUGGAGUCACCAAGGAGGGCUCUGGGUGACUCGAAAGAGGCUUUUGGGGGCUGGAGAGAUGGCUCAGAGGUUAAGAGCACUGGCUUUUCUUCCAGAGGUCCUGAGUUCAAUUCCCAGCACCCACAUGGUGGCUCACAACCAUCUAUCAUGGGAUCUGAUUCCCUCUUUUGGCAUAAAGGUGUACAUGCAGAUAGAGCACUCAUAUACAUAAAAUAAAUAAAUCUUUUUUUUUUAAAGAGGCUUUUGGUCAGUAGUGGCACACACUUGUAAUCUCGGUACUCAGGUGGCGGAGGUAGAAGAAUUGCCUUAAGUUUGAAGCCAACCUGUUCUACAUAGUUAGUUUCAGGACAGCUAGGGCAAUAUAUCGAGACCGUCUCUCAAAACUAAAAAUUCACAGGCCGGGCGGUGGUGGCGCACGCCUUUAAUCCCAGCACUCGGGAGGCAGAGCCAGGCGGAUCUCUGUGAGUUCGAGGCCAGCCUGGGCUACCAAGUGAGUUCCAGGAAAAGGCGCAAAGCUACACAGAGAAACCCUGUCUCGAAAAACCAAAAAAAAAA